UUCCAUCUUCUUUCCUUUCCCGUAGGGAGCUGAAUGGGGAAGAAGUCCCAGAGGCAAUUUUAGAGGUUCUACGGGAGUGGGAAGCAAAGGGUUAAUACAAGGGCUAGGAGAGACAAAAUAGGAGGGGGGGGGGAGAGAAUCUAACUAAAAAGAGCUCUUGGCUCCUCCCCUUCUACACAGUGUCAGCUCGCAUCUCCCUCUCACCCGCCCCCCUCGCUCGUUCCCUCCCUCCCCUCCAGUUUACAAGAUCUAAUGAGCUCCCCUGGGAGCUAGAGAAAAGGCCCCGGCUUCAGAGCGCACGGAGUGCUCCAGUCUGCAGCUCUAGGCAGUCUCGGGAACGGGAACAGGGAUCCCGCUGUUUGCGAAGCCUAUCCUGGACGGGGCGUGAGCUGAUCUGAGGUCUGGGGAGUGGAAAAGUGACUGUGGACGCCCAAGGGAGCAAACCGCUUGGGGUUCAAAAGGCUCCCAUUGAAAAGCCAAGUUAGGCGCCGACUAGGCUACUGAGACCCAGGAGGGGAGAGUCGGAACCGGGGCCAGGCGGCCGCAAAGAUGGCUGUACAGGCAGCUAUCCUCAGUCCCCAUCACUUCAUCCCUUUUUGCUUCCCCGGGUCUCCCGGGGCGCUAGGGAUGGAUUUUGGAGACCUAGAGAAGGGCUGUUGCUUCGAGGAGGAUGAGGCCGGGGGGACUGGGACCGCCCUGCUUGGUGAAGUUGUGGCCGCUGAGGGAGCCGGCGGAGGGGGAGGCGGCGGAGAUUUCAGGGAAGCCACUCGAGACCUGCUGAGCUUCAUCGAUUCGGCGUCUAGCAACAUCAAGCUGGCCCUGGACAAGCCCGUCAAGUCCAAGCGGAAGGUGAACCACCGCAAAUAUCUCCAGAAGCAGAUCAAGCGCUGCACUGGUAUGAUGACCUCCUCUACGGCCUCUGCCUCGGGCCCUGCUCCUUCCGUCUCUCCAUCCCCCGGCCCCGCAGCUGCUGGCCCGGCUGGGACUCCCGAAGCGCCCCCGAAGCGACUGCCUGCUGCCUCUCCCGCAGCCCCGGGUCCCCAGGGCAAAGCACCCCCGAAACGGGAAGGCUCCCAGGCCGCCGCCAGUCUUCAGAGCAAGAGCCUGGCUGCCCUCUUCGACUCUUUGCACCAGGUUCGAGGGAACUGUGGUGAGAAAGGAGGAGCCGGAACCUUGGCUGUGGCGCCCGGAGGAGGCGGCGGCGGCGGCGGCGGCGUGGGAGCCGAAGGAGGUGGUCCAGCUGUGGUUAUAGCUGGAGCCGGAGGGGGCAAGAAAGUCCCUCUCCGGAAUCGCAAUCUACCCCCGUCUUUCUUCACCGAACCGUCUAGGGCAGGUGGAUGCGGCCAGCCGGGGGCUGGCGUGACCUUUCGCGAGCUGGAGAAAGGCUGCGAGGCGAUGGAGUUUUUCGAGCUAUUGAGUCCCGAUUACUGUGCGGGUGGAGAGGUUGGGAGCUUACUAUCCUCCGAGCCUCUCGAUUUGUUCCCAGCUGCCAUGCGGGCCCCCCAGGAGCUGGAACACAUCCUCUACGAUCCGCACCCCGCCGUGGUCUCUAGCUUGCUAUACUCAGAGCCCUGGAGCACCCCGUGCCCCCCAGCCAAGAAGCCUGCCCCUGCUUCCAAUCGCGGGGGCGGCGGCUUGACCUUGAACGAAACUUUGCGCCCCUUGUACCCCGGUACCUCAGACUCCGCUUCCAGCCUCGGCUCCCCUGGGGGAGAGGACAACGCCGGCCCUUUGACGCCUUUUGCUCAGUUCUUCCCUGACUGUGCCCUGCCAACCCCACCUCCUCCCCACCAGAUGCCUUACGAUUAUGGGGUGGGGUACAGCCGGGUUGCUUAUUCUGGGCUUUAGAAAUUGAACUCUGGGGAGAGGGGGCAUCCUUGAGGGAGGAAUCGUGUAACAUGAACUCCCUUGUAUGUACUCAUUACACGGCCGUGGGCGGAACGGCGCAGCUCUCCCUUCUAAGCUGAAAGAUCCAUUAAAAAGUAGACGUGA